AUGAAGAGCGUCGUCUUUAUGGCCAUGGCCUUUGGCCUGGCUUCUGCCAACAUCUCCCCCCGCUACGAUCUUCCUCCUUCCACGGAGACAUGCGAGUGUGAUACCGAGGACCUUUGCUACCAGGCUGUCCACGCUAUCGGUGCCACUUUCUGCGACCACAUCGAGAACUGCCAGCUCCCUUCAGCUUGUGCUGACCGUCAAACUCUCCAGGAGGCUUGCUCCUGCGUUCUCCCCACUACCACCACUGCUGCUAUCGUCUCUACCACCGAGACUGCUAGCACCGAGGCUGGUACUGCCACUACCGAGACUGCCACCACUGAGGCUGAGACUGCCACUACCGGUACCACCGAGACUGAGACCGCUCCCACCGGUACUGAGACUGCUCCCGUCAACACUGACACCAAGACCGAGACUGCUCCUACUGGUACCGAGACUGCUCCCGUCAACACCGAUACCAAGACCGAGACCGCCCCUACUGGCACUGAGACUAAGACUGAGACCGCUCCCACCGGUACUGAGACUGCUCCCGUCAACACUGACACCAAGACCGAGACUGCUCCUACUGGUACCGAGACUGCUCCCGUCAACACCGAUACCAAGACCGAGACUGCUCCUACUGGUACCGAGACUGCUCCCGUCAACACCGAUACCAAGACUGAGACUGCUCCUACUGGCACUGAGACCGCCCCUGUCAACACCAAGACCAAGACUGAGACCGCUCCUACUGGUACUGAGACUGAGACUGCUCCUGUCAACACCAAGACCAAGACUGAGGGUGUUUCCACCACUGAGGGAUCCCACGGUACCCAGACCACUGAGGCUACCGUCCCUUACACCACCAAGACUGUCUACACCACUGCUGUCCACACCUACUCCAAGUGCCCUGACUACGUCAAGGACUGCCCUUACGGAACUCACGGUCCUUACACCGUCACUGAGACUGUUGCUGUUUCCACCACUGUCUGCCCUGUGACUGAGGAGCACCCCAAGCCUACUGGUUACACCACCAAGACUGUCUACUCGACUGAGGUCUACACCAUCUCCAAGUGCCCUCCUUCCGUUAAGGACUGCCCUUACGGAUCCGUCACCACCAAGAGCUACCCCGUCUCUACCACCGUCUGCCCCAUCACCGAGGAGCACUCUAAGCCUACCGGCUACGCCCCUCCUGAGUACACCACCAAGACUGUCUACUCCACCAAGGUCUACACUGUCACCAAGUGCGGCCCUGAGGUCAAGAACUGCCCUUACGGUUCCGUCACCACUGAGACUGUCCCUGUCUCUACCACCGUCUGCCCUGUCACUGAGGAGCACCCCGCCAAGCCCACUGGCUAUGCUCCUCCUGCCCACAGCACUCUCUACACCACCAAGACCGCCUACCUCACCAAGGUCUACACCGUUACCAAGUGCGGUCCUGAGGUCCCCAACUGCCCUUACGGCUCUGUCACCACCGAGACCGUCCAGCAGACCACUGUCUACGCCACUGGUACCAAGGAGAUUCCUUCUUACCCUACCGUUGUCGUUCCCAAGCCUGAGCAGCCUCAGCAGCCUGAGCACCCCGCCCAGCCUGAGUACCCUGCUCCUAAGCCCGAGCACCCCGAGACUCCUGCCCAGCCUGAGCACCCCGCUAAGCCUGAGCAGCCCGAGACUCCCUCCAAGCCUGAGCACCCUGCUUACCCUGCUCCUCCUGCUAAGACUGAGACCUACAAGGCUCCUGAGCCCAGCCAGCCUUCUGCCACUCUCCCCUACCACGCCCCCACUGGCACUGCCCCCGCUGUCGAGGUCACUGCCGGUGCUUCUCGCUUCGGUGUCGAGAUGGCCGUCGCUGCCGCCGGUAUCUUUGCCGUUCUUCUGUAA